AUGGAACGCGACGCACAGGGUGAGGCGCGAGGCAGUGACGGGGGGGAAACGGGUGUGGCGGUGCUGCACGGAUGUCCCGCGGCAGGCGGAGGGGUCUCAGCAGGGCGCGUGGGUAGCGAGGAAGCAGACGAACCCACGACGGCAGCUCCAGCAGCACUAGCACCCGCAUCUCCGUUUCCAGAAGCAGCAGCAGCAGCAGCAGCAGUACCAUCGGCAGCAGCAGCGGCAGCAUGUGAGGCAGCAGGCGGGGCGGUGGUUGUGCGGUUGCUGCAGCGUCUGUACCCCGGCAUUGCGCCCCUCGCCCACGUGCUCCGCCACCCACCUCUCGUUCAGGGGGGGCACGCACCCACGCCGACAGGCGGGGCAGAGCGCGGAGCACAAUGGGGAGAAGGGGAGGAGAGAGCAGGAGUAGGGGUUGGGGACGAGGGCGGGGGAGGAUGUGUGGAGGCGUGCGAGGGCGAGUGUGAACGCAUGGGAGUAGAUAGGAUGAGAGCAGGAGUAGGUGUGACGCGGGCGCAGCAGGGGGGCACGGACAGUGCCAUCAACAAUGUGGCGGAGGGUGAUGGGGGGAGAGAUAGGAUGAGAGCGAGGGGGGGUUGGGCGGCGGGAAGGGCGGAGAGGGAUGAGGCGGUGCAGUGGGUGGUGCGGGAGGCCCUGGUGUGGAUGCCCCACGAGCACUGCACUGCACUCCUUGCCCUGCUGCAGGGGGGAAUGGAGGGGAGGGCGCAUGAGCAGGCAGGUGGUGGCGGCGAGGAUGGCGAGCAGGGAGGGCGUGGUGGCAUGCGAUGGACACAAGAGGAGGUGCGCUCACAUGUGCUGCCUGCCAUGCAUGUAGUGACACGCGUUGUGCUGCGCCACUUCAGGCGCUCUGCUGCCCUCCCUGAAGGUGCGGGCGGGCGUGGAUCGGCGGGCUUGGCAGCAAGGCAGGGCGCAGGGGCAACUGGGAGGGGCAGGGCGGGCAGGCAUGGGCGGCGCCAUGGGGCGGAUGAGCUCGCUCCCCGUGGAAACGUGCUGGCAGCGGGAUUCAGACGGGUGAGGGGAGGCCUUUUGGUCAACCACAUUAGCACCCAUUCCCUCUCGCCCAUUGCAAACAACACCCUCUCCCAUCCCUCCUCCUCCUCCAACCCACCCAAGUCCACGCCCAAUGCACUCACCACUCUGCCAGCUGCUGCGUCCCCCCUGUCCGCGCCUCUCCCGCUCAACACGGCGUGGGCCGUCGUCACGUCGCCCCCCUGGCAGCACCUGCUUAACAAGCAACACUCCCUCUUGCCGCCUCAUUCACCCACUCCUCCACCCUCUCCUCCCGCUUCUUUAAAUCCUUUGCUUCUGUGCAUCUCUUCUCCCCGGGAUCACACCCACAUCGCCCGCGUGCAGGUGGGCGUGCCAGCAAUGGCCCAUCUGCUCUCGCAUGCAUCCAUCUUCGUGCCACUUGGAGCCUCCUCAUUCGUCCAGGUGGCAGGCCCUCCUGUCUCCAGCCAUGCACUGCAAUCGCGCUGCUCUACCUUAGUCCGCUUGCUCCCACCUGCGUCGUCCCACUUCUCAAGCUGCUCCCCUGCGCUUGCCACCGCGCACAGCCAGGCGUCAGCAUGCAUGGUGGCGCGCACGCGCCGCGCGGUGCCACGCAAGGCAGCAGGCGGUGGAGAGGGGCCUCGCUGCGGUGCUGCGCUGGGUGUGGUGCCGCUGCAGGGGAGAGGCGGGAGAGGUGCUGCGCAGAGAAAGGACGGCGGCAGGGGUGUGGGUGUGUGGAGUGCAGAACAGGGUCGGGCGGAUAUGGCGACGGACAGGGAGGUUGCGAGGAGCGCGGGAGCAGACACGGUGGAAGGGUGUGGAGAGGAGGAACGGGUGCAGGUGGGGCAGAGGACAGGGGAAGAUGCGUCAGUUGGAGGAAGGGGAGAUGGUGAAGGCGGUGGGGAGGAGUGCAGAGGAGAGGGGAACGGGCAGGCAGAGCAAGGUGCGGGUGAGGGGAUCUGUGGAUGGUUCAGGCACGUGGCUGGGGCAGGAGGGGACGAGAGAGACACGCAGGCAGCAAAAGCGGGCGGUGGUGGAGAGGGGCAGGUGGGAGAUGGCUUAGCGCAUGGGGUUGACAUGGGUGCAGAGAAGAAGAGAAAGAAGGGGAAGAGAGGGAAGAGGGGUGGACGGAGGGGCCAAGUGAUGGAAGGCGCGGCCCAUAGGGAAGGAGAGAAGGGGCAGGCGAGGAUGUGGGGGAGGAGGUGGAGACAGCAGAGGAGAGUGGGUCAUGUGGAUGGAGGUGUGGUGGAGCAGGAUAAGCUACAGCGGAAGGCAGGCUGCCACGUGGCAGGUGAAAUGCGUGGGGUGGCUGACACACAAGAAGAGGGGGAUGCGGGCAAGCGAGGGAGCAGUGGCGGUGAGGGUAAUGAGGAGGUGGGUGCGGAUGUGGAUGGGACAGCUCGCAAGUGUCCUUCCCAGCAUCACCGCCACCACAUGUCUCCUUCGUCACCACCACCCGUGCUGUCUGCACCAAAGAGCACCUCCCUGCUGGCAGGCGUGCAGCAGCAGCUGGUGCCGCGCUCGUCACUCUUCUACUGCGCCACCUUUGGUCGGCACCCAGGCCUGCCCAAGACACACAUUCUCAACCGUGUGCCCGUCAGCAGGGAGGGAGCGAAGCAGCUGUACCAGCACGUCUUCCAGCAGCCCCUGCACAGCGCUGUACCUGCCACCCCACCACAGCCGCAGGCAGCACGUGGGCUCACUCACCUGCUCAACGCCCCCCCCUCGCCUGCUCUUCUCGACCUGCUGCACUCCAUGCUCCGCCGUGCGCGUGCAUGCAACUUCUCUCGCCUGCUCGCCAAGCACUGCCCUCUCCCUGCCGCCCCUCCAGCGCCACUUGCUGCUGCCGUGCCUGUACAGGCCGCUGCUGCGGGCGCUUCUGCUGCCGGGGCAGCGUGCAGUGCUGCUGGUGGUCAAGGCAGUGCGUGUGAGGUGGCAGCCUCGGAUGUUGGGGCUGAGCCACUGGUGUCUGUUGCUGCUGAACCUGUACCAGCAUGCAGCGCUGCCAGUGAAGCGCCUUGCAAUGCUGCUGUGUCCACCAGUGACGCCACUGCACCUGCGCAUGCCAUGCUGCCAGCAGCAAUGGACGUGGAUGGCUGCCCACCCGCCAUGCAUGCUCGUGCUGCACCUGUGCACGCUCCAUCCACAGUGCCACCUACACCACAUGCUCUAGCGCCUGCGGCUGGUUCCGCGGUGGAAGGUGAAGCUGCUGCCAUGCCAGCUGUGGAUGCUGCUGCGCCCCUUGACUUUGGCUUCACCCCACCUUCACGCAAGCACGCACCCCGUGGGACGUUAGGUUCAGGCAGGAGGAGAAGAGCAGGGUGUGGGAAUGCAAGUGGGCAGGGCGUGUUGAGGGAGGUGCCUGUGGAGGUGCUGGUGCAGGCCACGAGCAGGCAGCAGCAGGUGGCCAACUUCGUGUGGGCCGUUCUCCAGAGCAUUGUGCCAUGUCAGCUGCUGCCGCACGGGCGAGAGGAGCGCGCACUAGCAUUGAAGGGUGGGGCGGGGAGGGGAGGAGAACUGGAUGAGGGGAGAAGAAGGGAAGCGAUUGCUGCAGGAGCAGUUGCAGCAAGCAGGCGAGGAGGGCGAGGGGUGGGCGGGCAAGUUGCCGCCAAGGCUGCAGGCAAGCAUGGCAAGGGUGGGAGGAGGCCAUGCAUGCUGUCCUGCCAAUGCUCACCUUCCUUGUGCGUUGUGUGCAGGUACCUUGCGCUGGAGCGCCUUUCCUCCAGCACUUUCCACAAGCUCACACCUGCUGCUGCCAGGCGCCUGCUCCUCCCCUCGCAUCGCACCACCGCCCCCUCCCACCACGUUGCUGCACCCAACCAAGGCAGCAGCUUCAAGGGCGGUGAGGCAGGGGGCGAGGAGGGGGAGGGGCGGGCGCUGGGCGUAGCAAAGGUGCGGUUUGUGCCCAAGGCGCAGUCGGUGCGCCCCAUUGUGAACCUCGCUGCCUGCACUCACGUGUCCCUCGCUACCAGGGGGCGGCCGCGCAAGAGAGCGAGAGCAGCGGGGCGGGAUGGGAAGGGCCCAGGUGCAUGGGAAGAGGAAACGGGUGGGGAGGAGGCGGGCGGAAUGCAAUUGAGUGCAGAGCUGGGUGCGCAGUUCCGGUCGGCCUUUGGCAUGUUUGCUCCCUCCGGAGGUGGGGGGGGGAGAGAAGGCGGUGGGUGUGGUGUGGGGCAGGGGGCUGGGGAAGGUGGGGAUAGGGAGGGCGAUGAAGAGGAUGAGGGGCAUGCGGUGACACGUGGCACGGAAGGGGCACGUGGCGGUGCUGCUGAACACUCAGUGAAGGGGAGAGGCGUGGAUAGACAGGGUGGUUAUGACUUGCGUGAUGAGCACGGAGGGCAUGAGCACGGAGGGCACGAGCAUGGAGGGCAUGAGCACGGAGGGCAUGAGCAGACGCAGCAGUGGAAGGGAGAGGGGCAGUUGUGUACGACGGCCAUUGGCAGUGAUGAGGGAGUGAGGGAGGCGGUGAGUGAGAGAGAGGGGGAGAGACAGGAGCAAGACAGGGACUCUGUGGAUGGACGGUUGGCAGUAAGGCGUGACGUGAGUGUUGAGGUAACGUGGGGAAUGUGGUCGGGGGAGGCAUCAGUUGGGAACACCGAGCCUCUAGAUGCAUCGCUCCCACCACCAUCACCAUCACAGCCACCAUCACCAUUAUCGCAACCACCAUCACCAUUAUCGCAACCACCCUCACCAUUAUCGCAACCACCAUCACUAUUAUCGCAACCACCAUCACUAUUAUCGCAACCACCAUCACUAUUAUCGCAACCACCAUCACUAUUAUCGCAACCACCAUCACCAUCAUCCCCACCAACCCCUACUAACCAGGCAGCAGGCAUUGAGAGCACAUGGCAAGCAGCAGGUGGAGGCAGCACAUUCAUAGUGGGAAGCAGUGGUGCGGUGCCAGUCGCAGGGGUGGCAGUGGCUGCUAUGAGCAGCGGGGGUGCAAUGGCGGCUAUGAGCAUAUGCACACAGCAGCCUAGUUGCGAUAGGCACAUGGCCGCUGCUGCUGAUUCGGCUAAAACCUGGAAGGGCAGGGAGAACGAGAUCGAUUGUGCCACUGCUGCUUCCAGUGGCUCCUGUGCUGCGCCACCCGCUGCUGCUCUUUCUGGUGACCGGGAGGUUAAGAGCAGUGGGGAGGUGAAGGAGGGCAGUAAUGUUGAGCGCCCGGCCAACACUGUGGCAGAUGGAGCAAGGCGGGAAGGCAGGUGUGCACUGGGGCACAUGACCGCAGCUCAGUGCACGUGCCGUGCUCUCGUCCCCAGCAUUGCUGAAGCACGAGGGGGUGGAUGGGAGGCAGGGGUCCCGAAGCCGCCCUGCCUGCACUGCUUCACGAUGCGCCCCAGUGGGCCGCUUGAAGCAGCCCACUUCUGGGAGCUCACCCGCAUGAGCAAGAGAAGGCGAACGGUGGGGCGCGACAGUGACAGGCAGGCGGCACCUUGCAGCGAUGAUGCUGGCAGGGCAGGGACGUUUGGAUUGCGACGACAGGGGGGGAGUCGGAGUGGUGGCUGGACGGAAAGAGGAGGGGAAGGAGACGGGGGCUCCUCUGCUUCCAAGGCCUUGAGCGCCCCUGCACGGCCGGUGGCCCAGGUGGCCCAGGUGGUCCAGGUGGGUCAGCAGCAGAGGGAUCUCUGCGGAGCAGUCCCAGGGGCCGGUGAAGAGGAGGACGUUGGGCAAGUGGCUGUUGGGGGUGGCGCUGUGGGCGGCACCCCAUGUGCCACUCAGCACGUGGCGGGCAUGUCAGGAGCUGUGCGCACACGGCCGUACAGCUUCAAGGCAAAGCCAUUCCAGACAUCCCCGCUUGUGCUCAAUACGGCCAUGCCUCCAGCCCCUCGCACAGCAACUCCUGCCACCCAUGCUCACAUGCCAGGGGCUGCUGCUGACGUGCCGGCACCCCCCACUCUUCCGCUGCCGGAUCGCCCGCCUCUCUGCCCUCCGCUGCCAGAGACUCGGCAGGCGGCGGUGCAGCAGGCUGGGAAGGCAGGGGAGCAGGAAGACGGCAGGUGGAGACCGGUUGAGGCAAAGAGGAGGCGGCAGGUGGUGCGGUUUGGGCCAAUCAACAGCGCUCUGAGGAGCAUCCACCGGUGCCUGCAGGUGGAGAGCAGGCGCGGGUGUGGCGGGGGGCACCAUGGCAGUAGAGCUAAAGCUGCAUGCCGGCAUGGCGCUGAGGCACAUGGUGGCGCUGAUGGCAUGGCCUGUGAGGGGCUUGUGGAUGCAGUGACUCCAGACGAAGGUGGUGCCACUGGUUACAACAGGGCGAUGCAGGGGAGGGGGGAUGGGGCGAUGGACGAGCAGAGGAAACAAGCUCAGGUGGGGGAUGAGCAGUGGCGUGGGGAAGAAGAACGGCAAGGCGAGGUGGCGAUAGGGGAGGGAGCGGAUAGCAGGGAGGAGGGAAGCAGAAAGAGGAGGAAGGAGAGUGGGUGCAUGGGCAGAGGAAAGAGGAACCGUGGGGGUGGCGAUGAUGGUGCUGCGAGUGGUAUGGGGGUAGGGAGGAACAUUGACCAGGUGGUGGGUAAAGGGAAGGAGGAGGGUAAGGAGAGGAGCAGGGAGGACAAUCAACUUGGAGGGCAGGGGAGAGGAGGGGGGGGUGCGGGCGACAAGGUGGGAAAUGGGGUGAUAGGGUGCAAAGGGGAGGCGAGGCAGUGCAGGGAGGGCAGGCUGGGAGCAUCUGUGUUUGGGUACAGUGAUGCGUAUGGGCGCUACCGUGCCUUUGUGCUCCACUUGAGAGCGCUCCUGCCUGCCACGCCCUGCCCUGCCACGCCCCACAAUGCCUGCUGCACCCCGGCGCAGCAACAGGAGGAGGGGGAGGAGGGGGCGUGCGAGGAGAAGCAGCAACAGCAACGCUUUAAUCAGCAGCAGUGUGACUGGUGGCGUGAGAGGGCGACACGUGUACCCCCUGUGUACAUGGCAGUGUGUGACGUGGCUCAAGCAUAUGACACGAUCCCGCACGCAAAGCUCUUGGACGUCAUGCAGGAGUUUGUUGAGACGCCAGCCUUCAUGGUGCGGCACUUCUCUGCCAUCGCGCCACGAGCCAAUGGGCUCAUCACGCCCAGGUCCAACCGAGCAGCCGUGCCCAUGGCCAUGGCGCCUGAACAUGCAUGUGCUGCACAGGGACCUGCCACUGCUGGAUGUGCUGCCGUGGCAGUAGCAGCAGCUGAUCAGGUGCAAGGGGCAGCUGCAGCACAGGAGGCUGUCGAAGCAGUGUCUCAUUCCAAUGCGCUACCGCUCACAGGCAGCCACAGUGCAGCGGCAGAGCCAACAGCAGCAACACGGGGAACAGCAGUGUCAUCAGCGACAGCAGCAGCAGUGGUGGCUGCGAGGCCGUGGCAGCAGCUGCAGGCAUGUGUGCCAUGGUGGAUUCUGCAGGCGGGUCAAUCAGGGGCUUGCAUUGUGGAGGAUAAGGGCCUGACCUCCCUGUGGCGUCGCGAAGACAUUCUGCAGCUGCUGCGGCGCCACAUCAGCUGCCACGUCAUCAGGGCCGGGCGGCAGUUUUUUGUGCAGCGAACGGGAAUCCCCCAGGGCUCUGUGCUGUCUGCGCUGCUGUGCUCCCUCUUCUACGCACACCUGGACCGCCACGUGCUCCUCCCCUCUCUUGCCCUCGCCUCUCCCACGCCACGGGAGGAUGGGCAGGGGAGGAUUGCAGGACAGGGCGGCGAGUCCGAAGGAAACAGGGGGGUUGGGGGCGAGGAAGGAGGGGGUGAAGAGGGAGAGUGUGGGAGGCGCAAGGAGAGAGAGCAGAGAGGGGAGUCAGUAAGGGUGAAGGAAGGGAUGCUUGGAGCAGGGGAGAAGGAAAGAGUGGCUGGUGGGAGCGAUGCCGAGUUGAUGCAUCCACACGAAGAUAACAACCCCCAACAGCGGCAGGAGCAGCAGCAGCAGGAGCAGCAGCAGCAGCAGCAGGAGAAGCACCAGGAUAACUGCCCCCAUUUGCCGCAUGACUCACCUCCCUCUCCCCUGGGCGGCCACUCGCUGCUGCUGCGGCUCAUAGACGACUCUCUCUUCAUCUCCACCUCGCAACCCCACGUCGCUGCCUAUGUGGCUGCCAUGCACAGGGGCUUCCCAGAGUACGGCUGCCAGGCCAACCAGAGCAAGACAGCUGUCAGCUUCCCUCUGGUGCUCGGGACGGGAAACAGAGAGACAGGUGGAAGUGUGGCUGGUGGGGGCAUGGAUGGAUGCGGACGGGAGGACGGUGAGUGGGUGGCGAGGGAUGGAGGAAUGCGGGUGGAGAGUGGCGGUGCGUGCAUGGAGCAGCAGGGCGAGGAGGGCAGAGAGGCAAUGGAGGUUGGGGCAGACAAGAGGAUGGCGAAUGGAGGGGAGCGAGAGGGAGGAGAAGGGCAGAGCGGCGAGCGGACAUUUCAGGAGCGGGUGUAUGAGGAGGAGGCGGGGGAUGUUGGGGAGAUGGCGCAGGGCUGGGAGCCAUGUAGCCUGGAAUUACUGGGGGCUGUCACCACGCCCAGGGAGGCACAUGCGUGCAGCAGUGGCAUGUGGGCAUCAGCAGGGGGGGGCGUGGUGCAGCAGAAGCGGCGGUUCAUGCGGUGGGCGGGGCUGCUGGUGAACUGCAGCACGCUGGAGGUGCAGGCCGACUACACCAGGUACUGGGGCACGGACAUGGCCACAUCAGUAACAGUGAGUUUCUGUGACCCCCCCGCUGUGGCGGUGCCCUUGAAGCUGCGCCAGUUCCUGCGCCCCAAGCGCAGUGCUCUGCUGCUGGACCCCGCCAUCAACAGCCCCUCCACGCUGCUCGUCAACGCCUACCAGGCGCUGCGCCUCGCCGCCAUCAAGCUCACCGCCUACUGCCGUGCCCGCCGCCUCUCCCCCGCUGCUGCCUGCACGCCGCACUCUCGCUGCCUGCCUCGCACGGCUCGUGCUGGUGCCAGGCACGGCAAGGGACAGAGCUCAGGCAGGGAGGAGAAGCCAUGGAAGCAGAAGAGGGGUGGGGGCUCUCUUGCUGCGCGAGGUCCAUGUGUGUGCCGUGUACAGGCCCAGUUCUUCACCCGUGCAAUCAUCUCCGCUAUCAACUACUAUGCAGGGCUCAUACGAUCGCGGCUGGCGGAAGCGUCCAGGGAGGUGGGAGAACCCAUCCCAUGCAUAUUCACCGCCGGCAUUGUCACCUUCUUGGGCCUCUCCGCGUUCACCACGGUUCUCAAUGCAAAGCGCGGUGUAUGGAAGGGCGUGGUUGUGAGGCUGCAAGAGCGGCUGCACUGCAGGGAGAUGGCAGCAGUGGGGGAUAACCCCGUGGUCAAGCAGGCCUUGCAUCCCAGCAGACACUCAGUCUUUCAACAGAUCUGUUUUUAG